UGUGAGUUUGAUCGUGGGUUUAGAAAAACAUCGUUCACAGAUGCUGCUGGAUUUUUUCAUUUACGUAUAAUGGCUUAUGGACCGGUUCCCGUUGAUAAGAGGGUUGAAUUCCGGAUCCCAUUAAUCCCUAAACACCAGCGCUGUUUGAAAUGUGGAGACAACUGUCCAGGCCUUGAACUUCAUUACUGGAGAAAAAUCUGCAAGAAUUGCCGCUGUUCCAGAGAAGACCACGACCUCCAUGGAAACGAGAGUGAUGAUGGCCAGCCAAUAGGAUUGUUUCUGGAUAGUAUACCACGCCCAACUAGUGACAGCCAAUCAACAAGUAGACCUCGCACAACUGACCUUCAGUCCUUCACGUCCCAAGGUUCUGCGAACGGUCGUUUCACGGGGAAUUCUGGGACAGCUUAUGUAGACGACCCCAAGACUCUUACAGACAUAUAUGGAUUUGAGACAGAUGUUGUGUUAUCGAGGGUUAUCUCAGAAAAUAUAAGAUCACAGAAAUAUAUAUCGAUGAUGCCUCCAGAUAAACAGUUUUUCGCCGCCCAGCUAAGGAGGAAACAACUCCAAAAACAACUCCCCCUCCAUGACCUUCACCCUAAAUUCUGCAGCAGCCUAACCGAAAACGAACUCUUCAAAUUCCAGAAGUUUUGUAACAAGCGGAAGAUGAAGGCAGCGGGAGUGGGGCGGAUCAUGGAAGUUAAAGAGGCGACCAAUUUUAGGUGUCAUCGCUGCAUCAAGGACAUAAGUACCGGUGGAUUCUGUGUUUCCACUGACCAUUUUGGAUCUGCAACAGCGUGGCAUCCAGGCUGUUUCACAUGCGCAACCUGUAACGAGCUUUUGGUGGAUAUGGUUUACUUCUGUAGAAACGAGGAAAUCUACUGCGAACGACAUUAUGCCGACACUAUAUACCCACGAUGCGCUGCUUGUGAUGAGAUCAUUCUCGCUCGUGAAUACACACAGGCUGAAAAACAAACGUGGCACGUGGAACAUUUCUGCUGUUGGAACUGUGAUGCGCCAUUGGCUGGGCAAAGAUAUAUCGCCAAGGACAGCAACCCAUUCUGCAUGAUAUGUUUUGAUACACUUUAUAGCAAGAAUUGUAAAACCUGUGGAAGAACAAUAACAGCUGAUUCUCCCGGACUUUCACACGGGGAUUACCAUUGGCAUGCUUGUCCACACUGUUUUAGCUGUCACGGAUGUGGCCGUAACCUAAUUAACCAACAGUUCCUGCUGAAGGAGGGACAACUUUUUUGUUCUGUGGACUGUAAACAACGAACGGCAAUUGACUGGUCACAAAAUGGAAUUCAAAACUUGCAUAUUCAUUGACCUGCAGAUAAUUUAAAAAAAAAAAAAAACAAAAGCCAAAAAAUUUGAAAAAAAUUACAAUACUUAUUUUGGCUGAUGAAAAACUUCAUUCAAUGUAUUUGAAUUUGAUUUCCUGUUGACAAAAAUCACUUUAUACUGCAAGGACCACUUUCAUUUGAAACGAUGAAAUAUAUAAUUAAGCCUGUUUUCUAUAAACGAUAGAACUAUCGGACAAAUUAUGUGAUGUCUUUAUCCUUCAUCUUAAAGUUAUUCGGUGUGUGCGAGUCUGAUCAAUAUGAAAUGUGUAUCUUUUCAUUUAUCGGGCAAGUGUUCCAAUAUGA